AUGGGAAAGAAGAUCGUCUUUAACAUCUCGUCAGAGUUCAAACUCCAGUCCCUGCUGGGUGAAGGCGCCUACGGCGUCGUUUGCUCGGCACGUCACGUGCCCACCGGAGAACUGGUAGCCAUCAAGAAAAUUGAGCCCUUCGAAAGACCGCUGUUCUGUCUGCGGACGUUGCGCGAAAUAAAGCUGUUGCGUCAGUUCCAGCACGAAAACAUCGUAUCCAUUUUCGACAUUCAGCGGCCGGCGUCCUUCGCGCUUUUCAACGAAGUCUAUAUCAUCCAAGAGCUUAUGGACACGGAUCUGCAUCGGGUUCUCACCACCCAGACAUUGUCCGACGAUCACGUGCAGUAUUUUCUGUACCAAACACUCCGUGCCCUCAAGAGCCUACACGCCGCUGGUGUUAUUCACCGCGACCUCAAGCCCUCCAACUUGCUGGUGAACGCCAACUGCGACCUGAAAGUAUGCGACUUCGGACUUGCGCGUAUCGCGCCGAGAUCGGCGGGAAACGACUCUGUCACUGACGACGAAGACCAUCCGGACCCUGCCGCCGCAGGUGCCAACAUGACCGAGUACGUCGCGACGCGUUGGUACCGCGCACCCGAAGUGAUGCUGACGGCCGCGGAAUAUACUACUGCAAUGGACAUAUGGUCGUGUGGGUGCAUUUUGGCCGAGCUCCUGCUGCGCAAACCGCUGUUCCCCGGAAAGGACUACCGACACCAACUGGUUUUGAUCUUCCAGGUCCUUGGGUCACCAUCGACGGAAAAAGAGCUCCGCUGCGUUCGCUCUAACAGGGCCCGCAGAUACCUGGCUUCGUUGCCACAGUACCCGCGAGUAGACCUGGCACAGGUCUGCCGCGGCGCCCCCGCAGAAGCGAUCGACUUGCUGCAACAAAUGCUGGUGUUCGACCCUUUCGCACGCAUCACUGCGGCUGAGGCCCUCGAACACCCGUACCUCGCGGCAUACCACGACCCCGCCGACGAGCCCGGUGCGGUAAUGUUGGACCCACGCGAGUUCCAGUUCGAUCUCCGCAAGGACACGCUGACUACCAAAGACCUGAAACGCCUGCUCUGGGACGAGAUCUUUACCAGGUCACGUGCAGAGAAUGUCACGUGA